CGAUCUUUGAAUAGCCUGGUCACCAUCAGAUAUUGACUUGGAUCAGUAUCAUAACAGAAGUAUCUUUUUGUGGGGCAACGAGGUCCCAGAAACAGUUAUCAACAUUUUCGACGGUAAAUGCUCGCGCCGCACGGCUCCGACAGGCGGCACAUCGCAAGUUGCAGCUUCCGCUGCUUUGGAGGAUGGUCAGUACUCACCGCGACACCACCCACUGGAAUUUCUCUCCAAAGUACAUAUAUCCACGCCUCAUGUCCGUGAUCACGGGAAGUAUAUUACAACAGCAAAUACACAAACAAAGGCCUUGAGGCUGGCCUUUGUUCCGUGAGUGACAUGUAUACUUUGUGUCCGAUUGUUAAUCUACUUAUAGUUAACCAGUAGCCACCUUUAACACUUGGCUUUAAGCCUUGACUUUCAUCUGCUCUCGAUUUCCUGGCUCCCUACAUGGCCCGCAUCAUCAGAACGUACGCCUCGAGCAACCUACUCCAUGCUACACCCGCACAGCCGCUCAAGCCAGAGAUCUAUGACCGUCCAUGUACUCCAGAGCCUUUUCUACCUCCACUUCGAAGAACGGACCCAACGGAAACUCUCCGUGCCACUGCCACUCGUAAUCGAGGACGCCCACAUAGACAACAUUCACGAAGCCGCGUAACAUUAAACGGCCAUAAAGAUGAAGAAUCUCUGUACAAAUUCCCAAAGAAGAGAAGCUCGUCCACAGACACUAUUCGUGGUCAAAAACCACCAGGGAAAGGGCUUAAUACCGAAGACAGCGCUCUCGAAAAUGGAGAUGACAUCGUCGUCUAUCCUUGUCCUGACGAUGUCAUUCCUACUAUCCCUGACGAAGACAGUCCUCCAGUCCCCAUUCCUCCACCCAGAACCUUCUUGGUCCCCAGACUACCACUACCGACCCAUUUUUUCGGCCAGAAGCUACCCUUUUCUCGUCGUGCCGAUCUUUGUUCCCUGACGAGUAAGCGCCUUGUUCCAGAGCGGUUCAGUCUCCCCCAGAAGCUUCGUGUGCACGACGUUUGCGCGGACGACAAUGAACCCAAUGCAGAAGAUAGCGGUUCCUGCCGUUCCAAGACCGCUCCUAUCCGUCCGACGGUCUGGGAUAUGAAUGUCUCUCUGACAUUCUACGAGAAGAGCGGACAGUUCUUUGAUAUUUGGGAUAUGGAUGACAGCCAAGUGAUCGCGGUUCCAGCACGAAUGCACUUCAUUCUCAAAGAUCCAGAACGGUGGGAUGGUGUCCCCAUGGAGAACACCCCAGACAUUCGGUACAUCGACUUUCGAUGCCAGUCGUUCGACUACGAUCCUCUUGCGCUUUCAAAGACUCCUCCGAAUCCGAAUCCCGAUCUUGAACCCAACUACAUGCAAUCAGACUUCUACGUCGACUAUCGAGGGCCGAUUGCAUGGGGAAAAUCCGAUGGCUCUCAAGGCAUCUGCGCGUUCCCCGUGUGGAGGAAGACUACCAGGGUGAACUGGUUUAUGAGAAAACGGCGUUGCAAAGUUAGGUGUUUACCUGUGCGGAAGAAUUACGAAUUCGAAUUUUCGGACGGGGAGGAGGAAGAGGACUGGGAUGACGCGGAGGAGCUGAUGCAGGAUGGGUGGUACCUCAAAUUUAUGAUACCCAUACCUGUCUCGCUGUUCAGGGUCAAGCAGACCAGGGCGUUUAGGGCGGAAGCAUCCGCUUGGAUUGGGGGAGAGGAAGGCGGGGGAGUAUUAAUGGCCGAUACUGAUUUUAUGGUGUCGCAUUUACGGCUUAAGGAGAUAGCAAAGAGAUAACUUAGUAAUAUCUAGAGUACAUAUAAGUUACUUGUUCUAACAACACUAAUAGAAAUGUAGUACAUACCUAAUGACUUGUUCGGAGCCGACAAUAUCACCU